CGACAACUUCUUGCAACUCAUUUCCCUUCAUUGCAUCUUUAUAGCUCCUGGACAUGGCUUCAAAAGAUUCAAAUCUUCCUGAAGAGGAACAAAUCCAGCCUCGAAAUUUUUACAUUUUUGGUCAAGGUAUCUCUUUCAGUAUGUCUCCAACAAUUCAUAACGCAUCAUUCCGCUUCUACAACUUGCCUUACACCUACGCCAUCCACGAGGCAGCAACAGUCGAUGAGCUCGCUCCUCUUAUAUCUUCUCCGAAUUUUGGAGGAUCGAGCGUUACUACGCCGCACAAGGUGGAAAUCAUGAAAUUCUGCUCCUCGAUAUCUGAGCACGCACAGAAUUGCGGUGCAGUCAAUACUCUGAUUCGUGAUGAAUUGAGUAGCAGCGCAAAUGGCAAUGUGAUCAGAGGGGAUAAUACUGACUGGAAGGGACUUGUUGGGGUGCUGGAGCAACGGGCAGAAAAACUUUCAAACAAGGAAUUGAAGACAGCGCUUGUGAUCGGAGCAGGAGGGGCAUCCAGAGCAGCUUUGUACGCGUUACACCAAUUCGGCUGUGAAACAAUCUAUAUGAGCAACCGCACACGAGUAACGGCAGAAGAAAUCGCUCGGAGCUUUGCUUUGCUCUUCAAGAUCAUUGUUUUGGACUCUCUUGACGAGUUCUCGAAUGAAGGACGCGUCGCUCCGGACAUUCUCGUAGCUCCGGAUAUCCUCAUCGGAACGAUACCCGCUGACAAGACAACAAUUGAUUCUUUCCCUCGGAGUUUAUUCGCCAAGCCAGAGGGUAUAUGUGUAGAUAUGUCCUACAAUCCACGUUAUACACCCCUCUUAGCAGCAACGGACAAAUAUGGGGAAGGUAGAUGGGGAACUGCUUCGGGAAUCGAUGUUCUGCUGGAACAAGCAUUUACCCAGUUUUGGAUGUUUACUGGGAAAGACGCGCCAAGGGAGGUAAUGUGGGAGGCUGUUAGGAAAGCAGAUGAAGAGAAGAAGUCUUUGAACAAAUAGUUUUCGGAGCAGCCGUGUAGGAAACUCAGACGAAAGCCAAUCAACGUAUUUCAAAGCAAAACCUGACCCUCAAACAGAAAGGCUUGGAGUGACCUAAUAGCGUUCCCAAAAUGCCCGACCCGGCUCAUCGAGUAUGGGGAGCUUCACAGAAGGCAUGCGUAACCGUACCGACCAUAUGCUUCUAUGUAUGUCCCAUCUCCGCAGAGCACAUCGACUGCAAGUCUUGGUGUUGCCAGGUGUCCAAAACAGCCCACCUCCUUCGCCGUCGAGAUGUGUCGAGGGUAUGUAACCUCAGCUGAUUCCCAAGUUGUCAAUGAAGUCGAAACGACCCCUCAAAUCCAGGCG